GUUUCACGUAUGUUAUUUUUUUCUUUCUACCUAGAAAAGUCCACAUGGGGGACGUGAUAGUGGAGUAAGUAGCGCUAGAACUACUCCUAGCGGCAAAGUAGAACCAUUGAAGGUUGGAAAGGUGAAGAAUGAUGGGAAGAUGUUUUGGAGAACUAAAGCUGCAUUUGCCAGUGUCGAUGAAGAUUACAGGAGUAGCGAGGAUGAGGAUUAUGGAUCUGGAGCAUAUGAAUCUGAUGAUGAGAUUGGUCCCGCUGAACCUAAUAGGGUUCGGCUCACAUCAACCAUCUCUUCCGUCAGCAACACUUCCAAGAGACAAGCAGCAAAGAAAAGAGCGGAUGAUUUGAGGAAAGAUGAGCUCCCUUACUGGAUCCGUGCCAUCUCAUAUCCAGAGGAAUAUGAUGAAACUACAGGAUACUUCAUACCUAUCGACAAGUGGUAUGUUGAAGAGAAAGAUUAUGACUAUUAUCUUCCUGAUGAAGAAGAAUAUGAGGAUGAUAACGAGCAAUCUGCUCCUCAGGUUGACGAGAAAGGUGUUGAUCCUAUUGAUGAACCUGCUGCUGAGGGUGAUCAGAAAGCUGAAGAAUCAGCUGUUAAAGAGAACGAGGAUGAGGAAGAUCUCUCUGAUGAACUGAAAGAACUCCUGAAAGAGGCGGAGGAAGAUAUUCCUGAAGAUCUUCUUGAAGGAAAGCAUAGACAGAGUGCUCUCCGCCUGCCUACCCCUGAGAAGAUAGUGAUAUCUAAACCAGAAGAUGAUGUUGAGAAGAAAAAUGACGAGAUCAUAACUAUUGAAGCUCCAAUUAAGGAAUUCAAGACCUGGCUUCCGUUUAGCUACCUUCAAUUCGUUCAGAAUAUUCAGGUGGAUAUGGAAGAGUCUUCUCGAGAGAGAGAUGAUGAAUAUGUUCCUCCUGCGAUCAUCCUCGAUCCUGAACUGGAUUAUGAUGAAUUCGAUCCUGAAGAGGUUAUUCCGGAUGAUGAGCUGAAGGGUCUGGUUGAGGAUUUAAAGAUUCCUCUGUUCAAGGUUGGGAAUUAUAUUCCCAUUUGGGUCCCGGUUGACAGUGUUAAGGAGCGGAAGGAGCGUGUUGUUCUUGAGAAAAAAGAAGCUGAGAAAAGGAAGGCGGACGAAGCUGCUAAGAAGGAGAUGGAAGCAGCUAAACGUGAGGAAGCUGCUAAGGUAGAAGUUGAUGCUGCUGAGAGUAAGGAAGCUCCUGGAAAAGAGGGUUCUGCUGGAGUUGAUAUGAAUGCUGUUGCUGCUAAGCUUGUCGAGAGUGGAUUGACUCCGUUUAUGUCUCGACUUCAGUUGAAGGAGAAUUCUGCAGGAAAUCCCAAACCUGAAAGGAAGAGUUCGACUGGAAGUAAAUUGAACAGAGCUGUACUCGAGUCGAAACUAGAGGAAGCUGAAUACGAGAAGGAUGAAGAUACUUCUGAAGUGAGGACUGAAGAGAAGGAUGAAGAUACUCCUGAAGUGAAUAUUGAAGAAGACUAGGGAGAAGGAGAUUAAGGUGGCUGGAGAAAAUGAUUCUGUUCCCAGUGAAUAAUUAUAUUGUAAUUAUAAAUAUUGUAAUUUUGAAUAUUGUAUGAAUUGGUGCCGAUUUAAUGGAUAUUAACAAUAUGAACCUGAAGUUUAAUGAUAUGUUAAUAAAGUAGAUUUUUUCUUUAA